GUUCACCCUGUAAGCACAUGUGAAGUGUGCAGGGACUCCAGAGCAGAAUGAUGGAGGAGGAAGAAAUUCGUGUAGUUCGUUGUGGGGGGAGCAACAUUAAUGAUCGUAGAGCUGUGUUUUCUGCUAAUUCCUUGUUUCUCUUCUGUGUCUCUGGGGACUUCAUCAAAGUCUUUAGCACUUCCACACAGGAAUGCAUUCAUGUCUUACAGGGCCAUAGUGCUGUGGUGACUGGAAUUGAGCUGAACCCAAGGAAUUACCUGCAGCUUUACUCCUGUUCGUUGGAUGGUACUAUUAAAUUAUGGGAUUUUAUGGAUGGUAUACUAAUUAAGAAUUUCAUAAUAGAUGUCAAACUGUUUGGUUUGUAUACUGCUGUCAAAGAAGACCUUGUAUAUGCUAUUGUACCGAAGAAUAAUGGUGGAGCUUCAGACACAUUUCAGUUGGUUUCUGUAAAGCUACCAAAGUCAGUCGACCGUGAAUGUGAAGCCAAAGAAAUGUCGGUGAUAUCUGAAUAUAUUCGUCCAUCACCAAAAUGUACAGCAGUUGGCAGAGAUGAUGAAUAUAUUGCCACAGUGAAUGGAUUAAACCUCUUGGUCUAUUAUCUCAAAAACAAAAAGUGUUUCAGGUUCAGUUUAGGAGCAACAAGCAAAAAGGGUGGCAACAAUAUAUUCACUGUUGUGAAAUGCCAUCCUUAUGAAGACUGCAUAGCUACAGGACAUAAAGAUGGCAAGAUUCGACUCUGGAGAAAUUUCAAUCACGAUCAAGAAUACACAUACUCCACCCUACAUUGGCAUCAUGAUGCUGUUGCUGAUCUUGCAUUUUCCGUGCAUGGUACCGUGUUAUUUAGUGGUGGUGUUGAAUCUGUGCUGGUUCAGUGGUCUUUCAGCUUGGAACAGAAGAAGGAAUUUCUGCCACGUUUAGGAGCAGCUAUUGAACAUAUUUCUACUUCUCCUGAUGGCUCUCUGCACUGCACAUCACAUAAAGAUAACAAGAUAACAAUUAUAGACGUGGGACUAAAAACAACCGGGAUCAUCCAAGGGCUAGUAAAAGGGACUAAUGUAAAGACUGGUUUAAUUUUUGACCCUAGAAGCAAAGCCCUGGUUCUCAAUGGUAAACCUGGUCAUCUCCAGUUUUAUUCCCUUCAUGAUGACAAACAACUCUUUAAUCUGGACAUUGUACAGCAAGAGUUUGUUCAUCAGUCGGGGCUCCAGUAUAUGGAUCUGGACAAGGCAGCAUUCAGCAGUAAAGGAGACUGGUUAGCAACUGUGGAAGAAUUACAAGGGAAUACAAAAACGCCUGAUGUGCAGAUGAAGCUCUGGGAAUUUAAUGAACAGCUGCAGAGUUUUGUACUAAAUACCACAAUAAGUAUGCCACAUGAAGCCAAUAUAACAUCCCUAGCCUUUCAGAACAGAGGUGAUUCAGAAAAGGAUCAUCCAUCUUUGGUGACUACAGGAAAUGAUGGUCUCUUUAAAGUCUGGGUACUAAGAGACAACUCUGACAUAUACAAACAAAGUACUGGCUGGAGCUGUGAUUUUGUAGGUAGUUACCACAAAAACAAGGCCCUUGGCUGCUGCUUCUCUGAGGAUGGUUCUCUUUUUGCUGCUGGCUUUGAAGAAGUUAUUACGAUAUGGGAGACUAGCGCUUGGGAGUUAAAACAUACCUUUUGUCAGCCGCCUGGAAAAGUAAGGAGUUUGUGCUUUGGAAGAUUGAAUUGUUCCAAAUAUCUUGUCGCCUCAACUGACAGUGGAUUCAUAAAUUGCUGGGACCUGCUCACAUGUUCAUUGGCGUGGAGGGCUCAGACUGAUGCUACAGUUCUACAACCGGACUUAUUCUCAGAAAAUAUUGCGGCGUUCACCUUUGCUUCCGGAAGCUCAAACUUGUUCAUAUUCAACCCUACGGAUCCUAUGCCAUUGUAUGUCCAUGAGAAUGUCUGCGAAGACGAUGUACAGUGGGCUGUGUUUGUGCCAAGGAUUGUUCCGGCACCUAUAUCUUCAGUAAAACACAGCUGGCUGGUCAGAUCUCAGCUUUAUUUCCUCACAGAAACUCAGGACCUGUUAACUUUCAGCACAAAGUCCCCAGAAGAGAGCAUGGAACCAAUAAUUAAACAGAUGGCGUCGGAAGAAAGUUUACCUUACACACCUUUCUACACAUUGUUUGGGAAGAAGCAUCAACAGGAUAAUCCAACUGUGAACUCAGAGAAAACCCACCUUGCUGGACACAAAGCUCAGACAUCUGCAGUUAAAGAGGUAUUUUUUCUUCUUCUUCAUACUCCAGCUCAUGUAUUGCCACCUCCAUCUGUUUUAUGUACAAUGUUCGUGAAUUCUUUAUUGAUCUCCAAGCCAACUAAAUGCCCCGAGCCAGUGAGCAAAGAUAUAGAAGCGGAAAGCGAAAAUACAGAUGCGGAGUCAGAUGAAGAUCUGCAGCAACCAACAGAAAGUCAAGAUCCUGUUCCCUCUAUUCAAGAUCCUAUUCACUCUAUGUUUCCUGCCACAUAUGGCCACCUCACUAAAGCCCAGGAAAAACUACUGAAAAGGAUACGAAAGACAGAUUUCAGCUGGGUAGCAGAUUUGUGUGAAAAUGUAUGAUGCUGGCAUUUUA